AUGACUAUCGAAACAAAUAAUGUUAAAGAAAAGGAAGAUGCCGACGUACGCGUUCUACAAGAAAUGGGUUAUAAACAAGAACUUUAUCGUGGUUUUUCACCGUUCAUGUCAUUUGCCUUCUGUUUUACUGCUGUGAAUGUGUUAGUAUGUAUUUCAAUUGGUUUUACCUAUUCACUGAACACAGGUGGAUCAGGUGUUGCAAUUUGGGCUUGGUUUCUUGGAUCUAUCUUUACUAUUCUCGUUGGUCUCUCAUUGGCUGAAAUAUGUUCCGUCUAUCCAAGUGCCGGAUCUGUCUAUCACUGGGCCGGUCAGCUGAUGACCGCGCGGCAUGCUCCAUUGGCUUCCUUCAUAUGUGGCUGGUUUAACUUCAUCGGUAAUGUUGCAGGUGAUGUGGCAUUUUCAUCCGGUUUUGCCACGAUUCUAAACGCUGCUAUUAUUGUCGCUGGCAAACAUUCGUUGGAUAUAGGUACUCAAACGGCCAUUGGUAUCGGAAUAACUUUUGUAUGGGCUGUAAAAAAUGCGCUACGCAUCGAUCAGCAAGGCUGGCUUAAUAAUAUUGCUGUUGUCAUUCAAAUUGGUUCGAUUAUUAGCAUUGUUGUUGUUCUCCUCGCCAUGGCACCACAACGAGCUACUGUUCAAGAUGUUUUUACAUCCACGUACAAUGGUACCGGGUUUCCAUUUAUAUACGUGUGCUUUAUUGGCAUUCUUCCAGCACUUUUUUCAUUCUCCGGUUAUGAAGCUGGUGCUCAUUUGUCCGAAGAAACUCGAGGUGCUAGUCGUGCAGCUCCCAAAGGAAUCGUGGGCACUUGUGUAUGCAGUGCUGUUGUUGGUGCUGCUUACUUACUCGCUCUACUUUUUGUAAUUCCGGAUGUAGCCUCAUUUGUUGACAAUAACAGUGGUGAGAGCACCACACUCAAUUUAGCCGUUGCUGCCUACCAACUGGCUGUACCCCAUCAAUGUGCACUUGGACUAACAAUUCUUCUCAUAGUCAAUAUAUACUUUGCUGGUCUAUCAUCAGUGACUGCGAGCAGUCGAAUUGGUUUUGCCAUGGCCCGUGACGAAAAUCUUCCUGAUAAUAACCAAUCGAAAUCAAAAAUACUUCGUUCUCAAUAUAUACUAAAUGACAAAACUAAAAAUGAACAGUGGAAAGCAUGUAACCAAUCAAAGUCUACAUCAGAUGAUAAUCAAACAGCUUUGAUCAAUUUCGAAGCACAAGCAUCUCACACAUCUAUGUCAUUAAUUGUUCGUGAUCGUCGACAUAAGCAUGAAUCUGAUGCUGAAAUCUUAUUUCAAAAAAUAAUAAAAUCGUGUAGAAAGAAUAAAAUACAUUUUGUCGACGAUCAAUUUCCUCAUUCAGCACGAUCUAUCGGAUCAGAUUCAUUCACACAAUUUUCUAAAUGGCUACAAAUAUCAAAUGUUGCUCCAUCAUCUGAUGAUGAUUGUAAAUUACGAUGGACAGUAUUUUCAUCUCCUACACCAAGUGAUAUUCAACAAGGUGCUUUAGGCAAUUGUUGGUUAGUAGCUGCUUUAGCUUUGGUUUCUGAACGGCCUCGUUUACUUGAACACAUUCUUCUCACCCAAACAGUCAAUAUUGAAGGUGUUUAUAUGGUACGUAUUUGUCAUAAUGGUUUGUGGAAAACAAUUAUUGUUGAUGAUUGCUUUCCAUGCACAAAACAUCAUCAUCUUGUCUUCACUCAAGCUAAACGUCGUCAAUUGUAUGUUCCAUUGAUCGAAAAAGCAUGUGCAAAACUAUUCGGAUCUUAUGCUGCUCUAAAAAGUGGAAAUAUACGUGAAGGUCUUCAAUUAUUAACUGGAGCACCAUGUGAUUAUAUUGAUCUUAAAUCAUUGGAUACUACACUUAAUGAUGAUAUUGUCUGGGCUAAACUUUUAUCAGCUUGUGAAUCAAAAUUAUUGAUUGGAGUAUCAUCAGGUGGAACUGGUGUGAGUUCAAAAGAAUAUGCUCGAGUUCAUAUUCAUAAUAAUCAUGCAUUUUCUAUUCUUGCUGUACAUGCACUCGGUAGUAAAUCAUCUCGAUUUGUACUUGUUCGUGAUCCUCAUUCUCAUUCAAAUUAUCGAGAAGAAUCAGUAACAGAAAGUGUUCUUAAGCAAUUACGUUUAGUAAAUCCUGCGCGUCGUUCUACAGGUGCUUUUUGGAUAUCAUGGCCUCGAUUUCUUCAUUAUUUUUCAUCAUUAGUUAUUUCAACUUAUAAUGGCGAUCUUUUUGAUAUACGGGAACAAUGUAAAUUUACUCGAUCAUCUACUGAAAAUGUAACGACUUAUCAUUUUCAUGUGCCAAAAACAUCAUUCGUCAAUAUAAGUUUGGUACAUCAUCGUCGUGAUCGAAAAACACUUAGUUCUCAUACUCAAGCAUUCGUUUUGUGCGAUAUUGACAAAUUAACAUCAACUAAUACAAUCGGUAAAUAUGAGAGUAUAUUCAUAUGUAAACGUGGAGAUUUCACAUAUUGGACAGGAUCAUUACGAGCUGGUCAUUAUGUACUUAUACCUUUCUCUAUUAGUUUCUGGCACAAGGAUAAAGAAAAUAGAGAUUUUACUCUUGUCAUACAUUCAAGUGUUCAACUUCAUUUAACUAUGAAAAAUAAACCAGCAACAUUUCUUACUGAUUGUCUCAUUUCAGCUGUUAUAAAAAAUUCCAGAAGAAAACAGGAAAAAGAUGCUAUCUUUUAUACAACAUCAGAUAAAUUAGCAUUGAAGAUAUUCAUCGUCGAAAAUGUAUCAAUAACAACUUAUCUAAGUGUUGAUAUCGAUAUACAGCUUGCAAAAAAUAUUCGUCAUUCUCGCUUGACUAACUUUCCUAAUAACACUCAUGAUUGUAUUCCACCACGAUAUCGUCAAGUGAUAUAUGUUACAGAAUGGAUUGAUAAACAUGGAGAAUCUGCUUGUUUGCAUUUUACAUCUUCGUACAGACAUGAAAAACAAGCAACUGAUUCGAGACCAUCAAUUAACAUUUCUCAAUACGAUUUUCACUCGCCACGAGCAUUUUAG